GAUUGGUGGAGCGCUGCCGCAUGGUUUGCCUCGCGACGGUUCGCCAAGGCUCGUGACGUUCCUUGGUUUUGAGCAACAAAACAAAAGACAACACUUUGGACUUAUUUCCUUCUUUGUUUCAUUCUUCGUCCUCGCUUUAGACGCCACGCCGCCGCAAUGGACGCCCACGGAGCUAUGUCGCCGUCCGGUUCCGAGUCCGCGGUCCAUGACGACGAGGAUGAAGAGAGACAUGCAUCUCAUGUUCACUGCUAACUUCAAAGUCAGUAUCUCAUUACCUCGCCGUCCCGAUUUCCCAGACAGAUUUUCAAAUGAAAAUGGAGAAUUUGGCCCUUUCAGGCCCGGACAACACCAGGCUGGAGGCCUUGGUCCAUGACGUUUACUCGGAGCUGGUGGAGGACGCCUGUUUGGGCCUUUGUUUCGAGGUGCAUCGAGCUGUGAAACAUGGAUAUUUCUUCCUGGAUGAAACCGACCCGGAAAGCACAAAGGAAUUUGAAAUCGUGGAUCAGCCGGGCCUGGACAUCUUCGGCCAAGUGUACAACCAGUGGAAGAACAAAGAGUGCGAGUGUCCCAACUGCAAGCGACUUAUCGCCGCCUCUCGCUUCGCCCCCCACCUGGAGAAAUGUCUGGGCAUGGGACGCAACAGCAGCCGCAUCGCCAGCCGCAGGUCGGCCCGGAACGAAACGCUGGCCAGCAGCAACAACACUAACAACAACGUCAGCAAGUCCGAGAGCGACCAGGAGGACAACGACGACCUCAACGAUAACGACUGGUCUUACGGCGCCGAGAAGAAAUCCAAGAAGAAGAAGUCCGAUAAGAAUCAAAACUCACCUCGCCGAUCCAAAUCUCUGAAGCAUAAGAAUGGUGAGCUCGGGACCGGUACAGGCUCGGAAGCUUUCAAGUACAACUACAACGCCGGUAUCAGUUACGAAAGCUUGGCGCCCGAGGAAGUGAGAUCGCUGUUGACCACGCAAUGUGGAGUGAUAUCUGAACACACCAAGAAGAUGUGCACCAGGUCUCAGAGAUGUCCCCAACACACGGACGAGCAGAGGAGGGCUGUCAGGGUGUUCCUCCUGGGGCCUUCUGCGUCGUCUCUGCCCGAUGCCACGGUGGAGAGUGAGACCUUUGACCUCCCUGACAGCAGCCAGAGCCUCAUCAGCCGCCUCCAGUGGGAAGACUCCCCCGAUACUUCCCCCACUGACUCCGCCUCCUCCAGAGCCAGCACAAACCAUUCGGACCCUCGCAGGCCCAAGAAGAAGAAGCAAAGCUCUCUGGCUCUGACAAGCGCAGGGGGAGCUGACGCAGGAAGUGGAAGCUCUCAGAGUAACAGCAGCUUGCCCAGCAAAAAAAAGAGACCCAAACUCUCCGCACCUUCAAUUUCCAGCGUCUUCGACGACUUAAACUAGCAAAGGACUUUGGACAGAAGGCGAUGCGUUCAGGUGACAAUUGUUUUUCCCUCGUUUUGGGCACAGCCGGUGAGCUCUGCACACACGAUCAUGUCAUUUCACUGCUGGUUUUUAUGUGGCAUUUUCACAUCCUUCAAUGUGACCACUUUGUAAAGUCUCUUUUUAUACACUUGGUGUCAAAGACCACGGAUACUGAUGGUCACAUGUGACAUGUUGUUUUUGCACAUUUGAUCUUAACGUUGGUGCACUGUCGACAAACACGACUAACUGGAUAAAAGCACACAAUGAUCCCAUUCGAAAUAGAAUUGUAUAUAUUUUUAUAGUCCUGUGCAGCUUUGUAAAGUGCCCUUGUAGUGAACGGUGGUCAAAGUGGUGAUGUUUGGAAAUAAACCAAGACCGGGAGUA